AGAGAGCGGAGCUCAGCGCUGUACAGCAGAUCAGGGAGUUUUACUGCAGACAUAUAGGCAAAAUACAGCGCACAUACAGUCGAAACAAAGACAAAAACAAAGAGAUGGCAGUCGAGAGGUAAUUAUGUGAACAUCUGCGUAAUGCAAAACUCACCUAAUGUAGUUUUAGGAUCACUGUUAAAGCCGUUUUGACGUUUAACUACAAAAUAACCUACUAGCUAGUAGCUCAUCAAGCCCUGCUUCGAAAAUACAGCAAAAAGAAAGAAAUGUCCUGCGAGAGACCGCUUCAAGAGCUUCCGUGUCUGAAUGAGAAUUUGGAGGGAUCCCUGCUGUGCAUGUCUCAGACGAAACGGAAGGAAAGGCCGUGCUAUGGUGAGGAGAAUACGCCGCACGAGCUCAUCCAGCACUGGUCGCCUCCUCGCAAGCAGCCCCGGCCCUGUGGCAAGGGCAAGGAGAAUGCUUUUGUGCUUGCCAGACGUCCCAGGAAAAGCAGAGAUUCAGCAGCUGGUCUGUGUUGGGACAGUCUCCCAGAUGAGCUCCUGCUGGGGAUAUUUUCUCGCCUCUCGUUGCAAGACCUCCUGAGAACCUCCCGCGUGUGUAAGCGCUGGCAUCGGCUUGCUUUUGAUGAGUCCUUGUGGCACAGUGUGGACUUGGUAGGAAAGGCUCAGUUAGAUGCAGAGCUUGGCCAGGUGCUCACCGCUGGAGUCUUGAGGCUGCGCUCUCCACAUGUCUGCAUUGGUCAGCCUGGCUUUAAAAAUGCAGAUCUUCUGCGUGUCCAGCAUAUGGACUUGUCCAGCUGCACCGUACAGACUUCUGUCCUGGAGGACAUCUUGUCCCGCUGCAGACGGCUGCAGAAUCUCAGUCUUGAGGGGCUGAUACUCUCUGACAGCAUACUACAUUCUUUAGCUCAGAAUGUGGAGCUGGUUCGACUGAAUUUGUGUGGCUGUGCUGGUUUCUCUCCUGAGUCCCUGGCUGAGAUGCUUCAGUCCUGCACCCAGCUUGAAGAGGUGAAUAUGUCAUGGUGUGACUUCAGUAGUCAGCAUGUUCAGGCCAUUGCUACCAACGUUCCAUCAAGUGUCACUCAACUUAAUAUCAGCGGAUACAGGCAAAACAUGACCAUGGAAGAUGUGAAGAACUUAGUGGAAAGAUGUCCAAAUCUCACAAAUUUGGAUUUAAGUGACAGUGUACUCGUGACUACGGACAGUUUCCCGUUCCUGCAGCAACUGUCCUCACUCAGGCAUUUGGCCCUGAGCCGCUGCUACCAGAUUCACCCAGCCGCCCUCAUACAUUUCGAGAAGUUUGAGAAGCUGCAGACCUUGGAGGUGUUCGGCCUGAUACAGGAUAGCUAUCUGCCCAUUCUCAGUAAAGGGCUGCCACAUAUACAGAUCAACACUCAGCCUUUUUCUAGUGUGGCUCGUCCUACUUCAGCUACAAGGAAAGACCGCACUCUAUGGGGAAUGCACUGUCGACUGGUAUACAAACCAUAACCUACAAACGCAGGACAGUUGAGAGGUGAAUUUUAGAAGGUUUCACAUGAUGAAUAGAUUUGAGUAAUAAUGUGUUAAAGGGAGUCCACUGGAAAGUUAUUUUUCAAGUGGCAUGAAAAUGUUACCUGUAGAUGUUUUAGGAAAAGUGGAAUUGUUUCAACAGGCCUAACUCCAUAUUCGCCCC